UGUGUUCAUACACGACGCCUCAUAAUCAGAUCCCUACACUUGUAACCUGUCGGACCCCACUGCACUAACGUGGAGCAUGGCAGAGGACAAAGUCUCCGGCACUCUUCUACAUUAUGGGGAUUUCAUCGUCAUAAUCGUCUAUUUCAUAUUAGUUCUGUUCGUUGGAUUAUGGACAUCCCGGAAGAACCGUGGCAGUGCGGGAGGCUAUUUCCUGGCUGGACGAAACAUGCAUUUCGUCCUGGUUGGGGCUUCCCUGUUCGCCAGUAACAUAGGAAGUAUACACUUUGUGGGGUUAGCAGGCUCAGGGGCAGCAUCAGGCAUAGCUAUCGGCCUCUACGAACUCAACGCCCUGUACAUCAUGCUGCUAUUGGGAUACAUCUUCCUGCCCGUAUAUAUAGCUUCCGGAGUUUACACAAUGCCAGAAUAUCUGAAGUGUAGGUUUGGUGGACAAAGGAUACAGGUGUCGCUUGCAGUGCUGGCUUUACUUGUGUACAUAUUCACCAAAAUAUCGGCCGACCUGUAUGCUGGCGCCAUCUUUAUCGAACAAUCGCUACACUGGGACAUGUAUUGGUCCAUCUUGCUCUUGUUGAGUGUGGCAGCAAUUUUUACAAUCACAGGAGGGCUGACGGCUGUGGUAUGGACAGACUUUAUACAAACCAUCAUUAUGAUCAUCGGAGCGACGGCCCUUAUGAUUCUCAGUUUUGUGGAGGUCGGAGGAUUCAACGGUAUGGUUGAAAAGUAUCCCUAUGCCGUAGCCAGCAAUACAACAACGAGUAACUCGACGUGUGGACUUCCACGUGAUGAUUUCAUGCACUUGUUCCGCAGUCCGAGCACAGGUGAUCUUCCAUGGCCUGGAAUAAUCGGUCUGUCCAUCAACUCCAUAUGGUACUGGUGCUCCGACCAGGUAAUUGUACAAAGAGCUCUAGCAGCCAAGUCGAUUGACCACGCCAAGGCCGGAACCAUAGUCUGCGGGUUCCUGAAGGUACUACCUCUGUUUCUGUUUGUAUUCCCGGGGAUGAUUGCUCGAAUACUGUUUCCAGAUACAGUCGCCUGUUCCGAUCCCGAAACUUGUAUGGAGGUGUGUGGCAGUUCCACCGGCUGUAGUAACAUAGCCUAUCCGUCGCUCGUCAUCAACCUUAUGCCCCCAGGAGCGCGCGGAAUGAUGUUGGCAGUGAUGUUAGCCGGCCUGAUGUCCUCCCUUACCUCAAUCUUUAACAGCAGCAGUACUAUCAUCGCCAUGGACAUUUGGACAAAGAUCAGGAAAUCCGCGUCUGAACUCGAGAUCAUGAUUGUUGGCAGGGUGUCCGUGCUUCUGCUGGUGGUCAUAAGUAUCAUUUGGAUCCCUGUCAUCCGGGCGUCGGAGGGAAGUGAAUUGUUUGUGUACAUACAGGAGGUCUCCAGCUUCACACAGCCACCGAUUUGCUGUAUUUUCCUUCUCGGAAUUUUCUGGACACGCCUCAACGAGAAGGGAGCUUUUUUCGGUAUGGUGACGGGCAUGACCAUGGGGAUGGUACGAUUUAUAGUACAGUAUUCUUACACCACGCCAAAGUGUGGUGACCCCGGACCCGACCCCCGGCCCAGCGUUAUCAAGGACUUCCAUUACCUCUACUUCUCAUGCUUCUUGUUCCUCCUCACUGGUUUCACGGCCAUAGUCAUCAGUUUGCUGACCAAACCGUUACCUGCUCAUUGUCUAUACCGUCUGACUUUCUGGACGAGACACAGUAAGGAGAAGCGUUUGGACAUUACCACGUGGGAAAAGCUAGAACGUCGGAAGGACAAGCAUUCUAACGGUACUGACAAAUGCGAACACGAGUUACUGGAAGUCGAGGAAAGCCGGCAGCUGCAAAACGACGUAAACAACGGGAACGUCGAAUCACACAACCCAGAUGACAAGUCACACAAGAUUGACGAAAACAUUCCAGAAGAUAAGUCAGACAACUCAAACAAUGAUGGCACUAACUGUCCCAGCUGGGCAUGCCACGUGGUGAAUUGGGUGUGUGGAAUUGACCGUAACAGGGAGAGCCUCUCGUCCCAUCAGAUACAGCGCAAGGAUAUGUUGUCCGUGGAGGAAAAUCGCCGAUGGAAAAUAACGUCUAAUGUUCUAUCCGUUCUCUUAAUGGGGAUAGCAUUAGUCUUUUUCAUCUACUUCGCUAAGGAGAAGCGUUUGGACAUUACCACGUGGGAAAAGCUGGAACGUCGGAAGGACAAGCAUUCUAACGGUACUGACAAAUGCGAACACGAGUUACUGGAAGUCGAGGAAAGCCGGCAGCUGCAAAACGACGUAAACAACGGGAACGUCGAAUCACACAACCCAGAUGACAAGUCACACAAGAUUGACGAGAACAUUCCAGAAGAUAAGUCAGACAACUUAGACAAUGAUGGCACUAACUGUCCCAGCUGGGCAUGCCACGUGGUGAAUUGGGUGUGUGGAAUUGACCGUAACAGGGAGAGCCUCUCGUCCCAUCAGAUACAGCGCAAGGAUAUGUUGUCCGUGGAGGAAAAUCGCCGAUGGAAAAUAACGUCUAAUGUUCUAUCCGUUCUCUUAAUGGGGAUAGCAUUAGUCUUUUUCAUCUACUUCGCGUAGAUCAAUGAAUCAUUGCAGUAUUCACAACAUAGAAACAAAUUAAGAAUACGUUCAGCCUAAUGCUCAUACAUGUAUUUUCUGAUUUCAGUGGGAACAAAGAGUCUUUUGUUGUUUACAGGACAAUAGAUUGGAUACAUUGCGCGGGCAUCAAAAUAAACGAUCGGGAAAGAACGUGUUUAUUGUUUGAAAAUUAAAAAAACUUAUUAUAAUGUAUGAGAGAUAUAUCGUGUGGGAUUUGAUCAGGUAUAUGAACGAGUCAAUAAAAUAUUAAAUGAUAUCACCCCUUCAUAGAAUACGCAAUUGUAUCCGGUGGCAAUGUAAUUCAUCAAAAACAUUUUUUUCAUUUUCACUGUUUCGUUUAAAACUAGGGGCACAUAGGACCUUAACGUGCAUGUUCAUAGCCAAAUUAAAUGACAAAACGAUGAAAAGACAUUUGAGGAAGGCACUAAAAUAUGGCACCUUCCAAUAAUAUGCAAUCACUCUGACCGUACUAAAAUUAACAUUACUGAAAGCUGGUUAAUGAACUGCUUAUUUGGAACAAAUUCAAUUUGAGUUUAAGUUUCAUUUCCAAAUUCAGUUCAGUAAAACUGGAUUUCAAGUUCAAAAUAAAGUUUAUUUUUAGGAUGGCGGUUAUGUUUGAUGCAAAUCGGUGUUACAAAAUACACCCGAACCAAGUUGUGGGCUUGAAAUAUAUUCAUACCAAUGCGUUGUGGCCGCGAUAAUUUAGUACCUGUCCAUGCAAAACCAGGUUUUUAUUAUUAUUAUCAUACAUCGAUGGCUAGAAUCUUUAUUUGAACCUUUCUUUUCAUUGAAAUACAAGAGCAAUUAACAUUCGAUGAAUGCACACAGACUAAAGACACAUGUCUUAAUUAUGCAGAUACACUUAUCUACUUUGACCUCCCCGUCCAAGGGCCUUCCGUGGCCUCUUUCUCUCCUCGUGUUCGACUCUCAAAUGCUGAACCUUGACUCUUGCAAAAUUUCUCUCCAAUUACCAUACAACAGUAACUAUUCAUGAGCAUGUACCGCCUAACUGCACGUAUAUACUUAGACAUAUGCUGUGAAUAAAUCUUACUUUCCCCUUAUCGAAACAAAAUUAACAUGUGACAGUUUGAAUUCCAUCUGUAUGACCCUGAGAGUGUAUCAUGUGACAGUUUGAAUUCCACCUGUAUGACCCUGAGAGUGUAUCACUUUGCCUGACCCAUCAGCCAGUGGGUGGGAGUGUGCAUGCACUACUAGUAUAUAAUCCUACGCCAGUCUUCAUGUCAAGCUACUGCUUUAAACAGAUUGCAUGAUUUGACCUCAAAUGUACUUUCUACCCAAGGUGCCUCUCUUACUUGAUAACUAUUGUAUUUAUUUAUUUUACAUGAUAUGUGGAUGGUUAUUAUCUAUUACAUUUUUUAUGCCUUAUUAUCCGCCCAAAUUGUUAUACAUGCAUAUAUACCUGUACAAUAACAUGAAUCAGACUGGACCAUACACCGAUCGCAUCCAUUAAACUUCAGUGAAAUCAUUUAAUAAGAAUUAUUUUUAGAGUUGAAGUUAAAAAUAGUUUGCAAGAUGGAAUCUGUAUUAGCCGUAUUGGAUUAAAAAAAAACUCAAAACAAGAACUGGUUUGCGCUAUAGACCUAUCAUUUCUAUUAUAAAUCAGCAAAACCCCUCCGUUGGAAUUAGAAUUCAAAAUAGAUUUAUAGAAUUUAAAGUCGGCUUCAAAGGAACAGGAAUUGAUUGGGAUUUUGCACUGAUCAUUCGCGCUGAGCUUCUGCGUAAUCUUUUUCGGGGAAUUACAUUUUAUUAUAAUAAGUUAUGUAAAAAAGUUGAACUGCCGACACACGAUGGACAAAGAGAGAUAUCAGUAGCUGAUAUUGUUCUCAUGUUAAUUACAAAACAAAUGAUGUGCAUAUGAAAUGUAUGUAUUUCUAU